UCAGUUUCCUAAAUUCAAAACUCUCUUUGUCUUUGUCUCUCUCUCUCUCUCUCUCUCUCUAUCUUUGCAACGGCUCUCUCUGUCGUCGUCAUUUCAAUUCAAAUUCCGCUUAUCUCAUUUUUUUUAAAACGUCCCUUGCUGCUUCUACACUUCUUUUAGCUCACUACCCAAAUCCCUAAUCUCAAAUGCCAAGAACCCCCAAUCUCAAAUCUGUUUUGAGCUUUCCUGAUCUUACCCAUUUCGCAAAACCCCCCAAAAUCUUCUCUUUGUUUUGUUCGUCUGAUUUGAUAAAUCUCAUUUUGUGUUUUCUUUUUUUGUAACCUUCUUCAGUGCGAUUGUGAGCUGAGAGAGAUAAAGUGGAGAGCUUUUGGUCGAUUUUAGGGCUAGAUCUCCCAACGCCACAAUUUUUUCGAUUUGGCUCAAUCCAAUUUGGUUCUCAUUUUGGUGAAUUUGGUAAAUCUUCCACAAGGGUUUCUGAAAUUUACACUUAAUGGAUGGAUCCAUAAGUAAGAAAUGAGAUCUUUGACAUCCUGAGAAACUGAGAGGUAAAUUAAGAUGGACGUUGUUGAGAGAAAAAGACCAAGAGGAGCGUUUCUAAAUCUCUUUGAUUGGCAUGGAAAAUCCAGGAAGAAGCUUUUCUCUUCCAAUAUCUCCCAACUCUCUGAAGAAUCUAAGCAAGCAAAAGAGAAUGUUCAAAACCCCUCUAUUACGCGGCAUUCUGUUUUUGAGGUCGAUCAGAGUGUAAAGAACCCAACUUACAACCCGAGAAGUGACUCGAGCUGUUGUGCUUCAUCUGUAACCAGUGAUGAUGGAAAUGUGGUUAGAGCAAGUGUGGUAGCGAGGCUCAUGGGUUUAGAGGGUUUACCACUACCAAAUGUUUUGGAACAACGGGUUAAUCCUGAUCUGGAUCCAUACUUUCUAAGAUCCUCGCGCCAAGCAAACACUUGGGAUGCUAAUGUUGAUCGUCAGAGUGACUUCGAUGGUGUUUCUUGGGAUCAUUUGGAUUCAAGAACCAGUAAAGGGCCGCGUAAGAGGAUGAUUGAGCGAUUUCAAACCGAAACUUUACCCCCAAGAUCAGCUAAACCGAUCUCUGUCACUCACAAUAAGCUCUUGUCUCCAAUAAGGAAUCCUGGAUUUGUUCCAUCUAGGAACCCUGCUUAUGUAAUGGAAGCUGCUUCAAGAAUGAUUGAGCAAAGUCCACGGAUGAUUGCAAGAACAAGGGUGGUGUCAUCGUCUGAUUCUUCUUCGCCAGUUCCAUUGAGGAUUCGAGAUUUGAAAGAGAAACUAGAAGCUGCGCAGAAAGCGUCAACUUCAGUUCUUCCUCAACUCUCUAAUGAUACUCGCAACAGUAGGUACUUAAGAGGAGAUCAAAACGAGAAGAAAACUACAGUAUUGGGGAAAAGCAGUUGUGGUGGGUUGAAAAGUGAAGUGAAGCCACCUUCUUUCUCUGCGCAAGCAAAAGCCAGCAGUAAUCAGAAGCAAGACAGCUUAACAACGUCCUCAAGUGGCAACAAGAGGAUGUCUUCGGGACAAAAGGAGAAAAUGGAAGCUAAGAAUAGGGCGGUUAAAAGCCAAAACAGUAUCAAAGGAUCUUCCUCGAGCACCGGAAAGAAUGUGCUUAAGCAGAACCACCAGAAGCAGAACUGCAGAGACAAUCAGCAAUCCAGGAGAGUAAUAAACAAAGUAGUAAAUAAGAAUCUUGUGGAAAGUGGAUCUAUAUCAAAAAGCCCGGGAUUUACUAUGACAUCAGCAGAAAAACCGACUUCUUUACCUUUAUCCCGCAAAAAGAACCUUCCUCGAAACAAAAAACCGCGGAAUGGAGUGCAAGAAUCGGGAAUUUAUGAAGAUAAGAGGAUCAAAAGGGGUGAAAAGUCGAUAAAAUGUAACAUUUCCAUUGAUGGCGACUCGAGUACGAGUAAGGAUGAUAAGAAAAGGGACAUGGAUGUGAUAUCUUUCACUUUCUCAUCUUCGAUCAAAGGUUUAUCAUCUCAUCCACAAGGAACCAAACAAGAUGCAGAAUCUGCUAUAAGGUUCAAUGUGAUAGGUGGUGAUUCUUUAAAUGCACUUUUGGAGCAGAAGCUCAGGGAAUUGACCUCAAAGAUUGAAUCAUCUAGCUCUAGCUUGAUCCAAGAAGAGUCUUUGAGUUCCCUUUCAAAGGAUAGAGCGAAUGGGAUGAUUUCAUCGCCUUCCAAAUAUAGCGAAUUGACUCAAAGCAGUCUUGAUAGAGUUUUAACAGAGAGUGAAUCUGUUUCUGACUGCACUUCAUUCUAUAACAACCAGAAAGUCCAGAAGAAGAAGACGAUGCAGGGAGAAGAACAAGAAGUUAGCAGCAUCACCACGCUUACAGAAGCCGAUGAUUUUGCACUCUCCUGCAGCAAGAGUAUCUCAGAUUGCAGACAUGACAGAGAAUAUGGCAUGAAACAGAGUUCAUCAGAUCAAGAGCUCACUUGGGUUUCAUCAAACGAGUCCCAGCACACCUUAGAUGAAACAGAAUCAGCAACACUCGAUUGGGAGCUCGAGUACAUAACCGAGAUCCUCAACUCUGGGCAGCUCAUGUUUCAAGACUUUGCCUCAGGGACAACCACUAAUGAAUCAUUACUACCCUCGAGCCUCUUUGACGAAAUGGAACGCUCUAGAGGAGCUGCGAUGUCAAUGAAGACAGAGAGAAAGGCGCUUUUCGACUGUGUGAAUCAGUGCUUAGCGGUGAAAUUUGAAAGGAUGUUAAUUGGAAGCUGCAAAGGGAUGAUGAUGUCAGGUGGGAUUUUGUUGGAACAUAGAGAUUUGUUGGCUGAAGAAGUGAACAGGGAAGUAAAAGGGUUGAAGAAGAUGAGAGAGAUGAUGAUCGACGAGCUUGUGGAUCAUGACAUGAGCUGUUUGGAAGGGAGAUGGAUUGGUUAUGAAAGAGAGAUGUUUGAGGAAGGCAUAGACAUGGAAGGAGAGAUUGUUUCUGAUUUGGUUGAUGAUUUAGUUAGUGAUCUUUUCUCUAUCAGUGUUCUUAAACGGUCGUUGUAACUGGUAUUGUCUUCUGAAGAAGUUUCUUCUGGUUCUGAAAAUGUCUGCAUGAAGUGAAGUAAAUCUGAAUGAUAUACGGCGAAAGAAGAAGUGUCACUCUUUUCAUUUAAAUUGAUCUAAUGAAAUACCCGAAACUGUUUCUUUUCAUAACAGUCUACAAUUAUUUAUUUUGGCA